AUGGAUACAACAAGGAGAAGAAAGAAGGUGGUUGUUAUUGGGGCUGGAGUGGGUGGCAUCGCAACCGCGGCCAGGUUAGCACAGUGUGGACUGGAUGUCUCCGUCUACGAGAAGAAUGACUUUGUGGGAGGAAAAUGUAGCAGUAUAAUGCAAAACGGAUACCGCUUCGAUCGUGGCCCGUCUCUCCUGCUCAUGACUGAGGUCUUUGAGGAGACAUAUCGACACCUGGGGACUUCCAUGUCAUCAGAAGGCGUCGAGUUGCUCAAGUGUGAUCCGAACUGCAACUUCUGGUUUCCCGACGGACAGUGUUUUACCACAUCGACCGAUAUUGCCCGAAUGAAGAACCAACUGGAGAAGCUGGAUGGUCAACAUGGGUUCCAAAGUUUUCUGUCCUUUCUCGAGGAGUCGCAUCACCACUACCAACAAAGCAUCCCGCAUGUGCUGAACAAGGACUUUGCCAAUUACUUUGCACUCUUGCGACCCGGAUUUUUGCGCUACUUAUUCAAACUGCAUCCUUUCCACACAGUCUGGCAGCGUGUGUCACAUUUCUUCCAGCCUCAUCAGUUGCGACAAGUCUUCAGUCUUGCAAGCAUGUACCUCGGCAUGUCGCCAUUUGAUACACCGGGGACGUACACUCUUCUUCAAUACACGGAGCUGACUGCUGGGAUAUGGUAUCCCCGUGGGGGAUUUAAUCGAAUCGCGAGAACGCUAGUGGACGUCGGUGAAAGAUUGGGUGUCAAGUAUCAUCUCUCGCAGCCUGUCAAGAGUGUGUCGAUAUCAUCGGAUAAGAAAGCUCGAGGAAUCACAUUGGACGCGGACGAGAUCAUUGAAGCCGACGCAGUCGUGGUGAACGCUGACCUCCUCUAUGCCUACGAAGAGCUCUUCCCCUCACACCAGUCCAAGCCUGAUGUGACCAGGGAAAAAGAGGAUGUAUCCUGCAGCGCCAUUACCUUCUACUGGUCCAUGUCCCAACGGAUCCCACAGCUGGAGUCUCACAACAUGUUCGUGGGACAACCGAGUGGGGAGCAAUUCCCCGACGUGUACUGGAACCGAGAUCGUGAAACCAUGCCCUCCUUCUACGUCCAUGUGCCAUCUCGCACCGAUCCGUCCGCCGCACCGGAGGGCAAAGAUACCGUGAUGGCACUAGUGCUGGUCGAGAACGUGGAUAUGUCGAAGACGACGCAAGAGAACCACCUGGACAGCCUCAUCGCCGCCACACGCCAGUAUGUCCUAUCGUCGAUGCAAAGUCGCCUCGGCGUGGAUCUCCGCGACUUCAUCGAGCAUGAGACGCUACAUUCACCAACCACUUGGCAUCAGAUGUUCAACUCGCAUCGCGGCUCGGUGUUUGGACUCAAUCACGACUUCUUCAAUAUUCUCUCUUUCCGGCCCCACACCAAACAUGACGUCAUUGACGGUGUGUACUUUGUGGGCGCGAGUACGCAUCCCGGCGCGGGUGUGCCCACCUGCCUGUCGGGCGCAAAAAUUACCGCCGAACGGAUCUUGCGCGACUUGGACAUUCCGAUCGCCUGGGAGGGCGAUGCGAUCCGACCUCAGAAGGAAGCGGCCAAAGCCACCGUGGUGGAACCCUCAGGGGCGUGGAAAGGACUUGCGCUCGUGUCUGCGGUACUGGGGAUUGUUGCCGUCUGGCGAGCGUGA